AUGCUAAACAACAACCCUCUGGAACUUAUUUACAGCAAUGAGGAUCCGGCGACAUAUUUGCACUACAAUGGAACCAGAACAACUCCUGACUUACUUCUGGGUUCAAGCGACAUCAGUGAGCUUACACGCCGCAAAAUAAAUGACGAUCCUGGUUCUGGUCACAAACCAGUCAUUGCUAGUGGCAAGCGACAUCAGUGA